AUGUCGAAUGAGAUAUUAGAAAAUAUAAUAGAAUCUACCAACAAUGGAUCUUUGAACAUAACAGCUCAGCAAGUGAUUGCUCCUUUAGAAGAAGAGAAUGCCAGCUCUAACGCAACUACGGACAACAACGAAGGUGCCAAUGAAUCAAGUCGUGAUGCGGCCAACAUUAACAACAACCCAGCUGAAGGGAGCAACAAUAUCAACAACACCAACAACGCUUCAGCUAAUACCAAUACAUAUAUCAACAAUAUCGUUCAGCAGCCUCAACGAGUACCAGGUCGAGUACCAAUCCGAAUCAAUGUCCGCAACCAUUCUGGAAGACCAAUGCCACAUCCGAGAAUCCACGUGGACGGGAAUGGACACAUGCACCUCAAUAUUGGACAUAUGGUCAACAUGCCGCUGCCACAAAACGCAAACGCUACUGUGAAUAUUUCGCCUCCUAAUCAUGGUACUCCACACCAUGCUCCCAAUGGAGGACGACGAAGGGUCCAACCGGAACUCAAUCCAUUGGUGCCAGAACCCAUCGAGGACAACCACAACAGCAACAGCAACAGCAACAGCAACAGCAACGGCAAUGCUCAGAAUCCACUGGAUGGAGACCAGUGGAGCAAAUACAAGUGCGUCAUUAGCAUGGAAUUGUUGGAGAAUCCAGUUGGUUGUGGCAAUUGUGCCAGUCGAUUUUCUCGAUCUUGCCUUCAGAGAUAUGUGGACGAAUUUCUUCAGCGUCAGCAGCAACCACCAUCUCGGCUACAACAACAACAACAACAGCAGCAGCAGCAACAACAGCGGCCAAAGUGCCCCGCGUGCCGAGUCGAAAUGAUCAAAGGGUUGGUGCCCGAUAAGGAACUACAAGAAGAAAUGAAGACUUGUGGACCUGUUGCGUGCCGGUUUGAGGGUUGUCUCGCCCAACUAACACUGUCGGAAAUUCGAGAACACGAACAAACCUGUGCCCAUGCCAUGGUCAAGUGCAAGUACGCUCCCUUUGGCUGUGAUUGGAAGGGCAAGCGGGGCGACUUGUCACAACAUGAAGCAUCGAGCUGUCACUAUGCCAAUGUUUCGGGACUGGUUCAUCAAUUUCGCUUAUUGUUGGCCACUAAUUCGGCUCGCAUGGAUGCCAUUGAACAGCAAACCGGAUUGAACUUGAGACUGGAGGCUGCCCGCCAACAAAACUUGCAACGUGGACAACGAGUCUGCAAAACCAAUAUAUUUGCCUUGAUGGAGUAUUGUCAUUUGAUUACCUGCAAUACGGCUCAUUUCAUUUUCUCCCAAGACAAAUGGGCACCCUACUGCUAUACCGACGAGGGCCGAGCCUUGGUGACCAACUCGUGUGCGCUCGCACCACUGGCCAUUCUCUUUGGCUGUACCUCCUUGGGGGGAAUCCGGGAUAUUUUGCGACUGGUAGAGGUCAGCAAAGAGAAUGAACCCAACAAGGUAUACCUCUUGGCUGACUCGGCACUUUGUCUAUGUGUGGGAUUGUUGGGGAUGCUCAUGUUUGCAGCCAAUUUCUCGGAUUUUCGAUCCAGCAAGACGUGGCAUCGUUUUGAGCUCGGCAGGAGACUCGGAAAAGCUCCGGUGAUUGGAGAUGUAAUGGCAUUGUCCUCCUUUACCAUUCUGGAGUCUUCGUUUGAAGUGCUGUAUGUUGGUCUUUUCAAGUGUGUACUCCUUUGGUGGCUCUUGACCUUGUGUACUGCUUUUUAUCCCGUUGUGAUCCUGACUCUUUCCGAGUCCAUACCCCGGACACCACGGCAUGUACCGCUGAGUUCCAACACGGUCUUGUCGCGAGCACGGGCAAUGGAACCUCUUUUGUUCGGAUUGCGGUAUGGUUUGUUGGGAUACUUGUUUGGCCCAGUUCCUUGUCUGGACGCAGCCAUGGCCAUCAAUCUCUUGCCUCAAGGACCAAGAACCGAUCUCUUUCGAAUGCGGAAUUCGUUCCUGGGAGGUCUGCCAAAAUCGACCUAUUCCGCCUAUCUGGGAGCUCAACUUGCCAUUUUGGUGGCGACCAACUAUGGUCAUUGGAGGGAUGGUGCUUUCAAUUCGGCUCUGGCAAUGAUCUGCUUGCCACUGAUCAACUGGAUUGACCACAAAUUAUUUGAAUUGGCCAUUAAAACUGGUCAAAAGAUUUACAUUCAAUCUUUGGCUGCAGUUCAAGGCCGUCCCCACGGUCCCGAUCGAGACUACAACUUGUUGGGGCUUGCAGUGUUUGGGUCUUGGGUAUGUACGCUCUUGAUGAUUUCCCAGUUUUGA